AACCAGUCUCAGAGGGCCACGGCAUAUCAGCAACCCUCUAGUGUCCUCAAUUAAAUAUGACAUUCAACACAGAGAGAGAAUCUUAACGCGCUCUCUUUUCCACAUCAAUUUUCUCUGGAAAUCCCUAUGGAUUCGUACCCUCCAGCGAGCCUUUCCCUCUGCCAUUUCAAUUUUUAAACGCACCUCCUCCUACUUUACAUAAAAAGCUAAGCAUAGAGAGAGAAGCAAACAGUGUCCACUGAGAGAGAGAGAAUCACCGAACGAACGCGAUCUGUGACCCCCCUUAUAUUCUUUACUCACCCCAAAUACAAGCCAAUAAUCAUGCCGUCAGGUGCUAAGAAGAGAAAGGCUGCUAAAAAGAAGAAGGAAAAAGAAGCCAAUAUUAACCCUUCUCCCAACAACCCUGAAGGAACUGACGAUUCGAAAUCCCAAGAUGAGAGAGGAAGUGAUGGUGGUUCCCCUGCAUUUCAAGACCACCGUAACCAUCCACAACCUUUUACCGAGGGGAGUGAGGAACUGGGAGAGAGAGAUCCAUCAUCUGUUCGAGUGAUUGUCCCUGAGGACAAGGCUACAGAGGAAGUUUCUGGUGGUGUAGAAAAUUCACAGGAAGUUGGAUUGCAAGAUGGUGUUGUUGCAAUUGAGAGGGAUUUGAAACAUGAGGAUGAUUCUCAGAGCAAAAAUAUAACUGUGGAGUGUAUCGAGUCUGCAAAGAAAUCUUAUGAUGGUGAUCACAGAAGAAGCUCUAGCAGCAGCAGUAGUAGUUCGGAUGAUGAUUCUCGAACUGUUGAGAAGAAAUCUAAUAAGGAAGCAACUCAUUCGGUUUCAAUAGCAACUUCUUAUGAUGACUUGGUUAAGCCAAUUGAUCCGGAAGAUGUACCAGCCGGGAAAACUUCUGAUUCUAUUGCACAGAUGUCUCCUGUUGUUGAUUCAGUUAAGCCAGUGGCUCCAGUAUCUGAGGAGACACUUAAUGUCUUAGAAAGUGCUCCGAUUGAGAAUACAAUGGUUUCUGACGUGAUUAAGUUGGAGAAGGGUGCAGAAAAAUUGUUUACUGGGGCUCCUAUAUUUGAAUUUUCAGCGAAGAAAGUUGAGAAUAAGGUCUUACUGGAUGAGAAUGGUGACGCAUCUUCAAGUGUUUUGGAAUCUGAGUCUAAAAGAAAUGAGGAUGAAAUAUUGCCGUCAUCAGGUGGUCCUGUUGCUCAAACCAGCAAUGGUGCUGAAAGCAUUAAAGAGCCUGAGAUUCCAGAAUAUUCUGAAAACCAGCCUCUGGUUGCUCCAGCUCCUCGAGUGGUGCAAAAAACCCCCUGGUGGAAUUGCUGUGGAAUUUUUGAUGUAAUAACAGGAUCCAGUAGAUGAGUUCAGAAUUAGACCUGGAAGUGCCUUCACUGGACGAAUGAGGUUUGCAUAAACAAGAAAUAUCUCUGCUUCAGUCAUUCAGGGAACUUUGUGAUUUUUUCAAAUUUAGAAUCGCAUAGAGUUUUACUUCGAAUAAUAAUUGGCAAGAGGCCUGACUUGAUAAAGUAUACAAGUUUUGUGGUGGUGAUAGUGUCAGCAAUGGUAGGCAGUAAGCAAUAUAUUUAGCUUCUUAUGUAUGUUGCAUGUUAAUUUGCGGUGUAAUGUGCUGUAGUUAAUCCCUUAUCCAUUGGUAGGACAGUCAAGAGUGUUGUGGUUUCAGUUUCUGUCACUUUUGAUAUAUUGAUGUUCAUUUGCAUUGCGA